CAUGCUUGCCUUCACACAGUUGCCAGUACUAUCUAGGGAACUACUCGCUUCAAGUAGCAGACGUGAUAUGAUAUUCCAAUAGCUGCAACACUCAUGCUCUUCAUGCAAGCGUAACUACAUCUUCAAAUCACUUCCGUCGUUCGGCUCAAACGGAGCUCGUUGCUUCAUGUUAUCGCUGUGCACGGAUUGCCAGCAACGCAGCUGAUGCUCUAAGAUGAGGCAUCAUGAUUGGUCACACAAGAAGAAGUGUCCGAUAAUUCGAUAACGUUCCCUCCAACUUAUCAUCCCUCUUCAUUGUUCACCCAACUUGCGAUCAUAUCGCCCACCAAAUGCUGAAGGACCUGGCGCAUUGAAAAAGACACGCCCACUCAGUGGCCCAAGCUAAUCCACGCAACACUGAACAUACACUAUCUAUGGUUUUACUUCACACACAGCAGACGAUCAAGUACUUUCGAGUUGCACCGGCUGCUGUUUGGGCAUUCGAUUACUGUUUGACAUUUGAACAUGAAGUUCGUCUGUUUAGCACCAUGGGCCGUUUGAACAUCGCGUCUGUCAUGUUUAUCAUAACAAGAUACAUUCCCAUAGUAUGGAUUAUCAGUGAAAUAUACGUCACUGUAGGGCCACAAUCAAUAGAAGCGUGCCUGACAACAUAUCGGACUGCUGGCGGUUCCCUGGUUCUUAUCAUGUUAUCUACCGAAGGUCUGCUUCUCAUGCGUACACUUGCCUUGUGGCAUAAUAACGAGAAAAUCAAACGAUUUCUGUUGGCAAGCUACUUGGUUGUUGCUACCUCAAUGCUCACUUGUGACAUCCUGGCGGUGUCUCCGAAACUCGUAAGUGUAUGUGCACCCACAUCAAGUAAGAGCUCCGUAGAGGAAGCUACGAGAGUGGAACACCUGAUUAUGGGCAUGUUCGUUAGUGCGGCGCUGUUUGAACUCACGGUGGUUUUUGUCACAAUGUAUCACUCUUUAACAUCUCGCUCUGUUGGCAUACGUACCGUCAAUGGAUUGGUGUCCAACUUGUGGAAAGGAAGUUUGCUAUAUGCAUUGUCGCUUCUUACAAUCUCUAUUGCGAACGCUGUUUCUUUUUCUUUACCGGUCUCAAGCGGGCAGAACGGUAUCAUUGAUGUGUUUCAAGGUGUCCUGCAUGGCGUUAUGGCUUCACGUAUUCUUUUUGAUUUGCGCACUGCAGACCGGCGUGAAGAAGAUAGUUCUCGACUGGCCUCAUAUGUACCUUCUUCUAAUUUACAGUUUGCAUCGUACAGCAUACCCAUGACUCCCUUACCAUGACGAAAACAAUAUAUGAAUUACAUGUCCCCAUGAUUCACG